AUGCCGCCUUUGAAAGCAAUGUAUCACGAAAUUUACCUACUGUGGAAACCUCAGGGAAAGCGUGGAGUUCGGAUUGUUGACUACGUAACCCAGCACGGCUCCGUUCAACUUCCCGUAAUCGUCGUAGAAGAAAACGGCGAGGGAACGGGGUCUACGGUACCGCAGAACUUACGUGAUGACUUCACGUGGUUUUGCGGACAUGAGGGGAUUAAUUUGGAAGUGAGGAGAUAUGGCUUCAAAGGAACAAAUAUCAAAGCUCAAAUGGCUUCUGCUGCACCGCCACUGGGUCCACAACUUGGGCAACGUGGUUUGAAUGUGACCAAUUUUUGCAAGGAAUUCAACAAAGAGACGGGACACAUCAAGCCAGGGGUUACUCUGCCUACCCGAGUGUUAGUAAAGCCAGAUCGAACGUACACUAUGGAAAUUUGCUCACCGGCAACAUCGUGGUUGUUGAAACAAGCAGCAGGAAUUGCAAGGGGAAAAUCGAACAAAGAUGAAAUUGCCGGUAAACUCUCUGUGAAGCAUAUUUACGAAAUUGCUAAAGUGAAGUCUAAGGAUAAAUGUUUGGUGGGAGUCCCACUACAGGAGAUUUGCCGUCAAAUUAUAAAGCAAUGUCGAACGCUCGGUAUAGAAGUACAAAGAGAAGAUUUGGAUCCUGUAGAACUCAAGAAAUUCCUGGAUGAAAGGCGACAAAUUAAGCUGUUAAGACGAUCUACUUUCGUCAUAGAUGCUGAUGUUUUGCUUGUGUCGGCGCUAACUCUUAGUCCGCACUGUUAUCCACCCACUCACCUUCGGGCUGUUGAUGGCACAGGUACGCUUUUAGCUAACUAUAGUCGGGUGAAAAGGACAUGA